GUCAACUUAAAAUUAGUCGGUCAAUUGAUAUACACGGUGAUAGUUCUGCGCAUAUCAGUGGGCAAAAUAAAAUUCAUGUAUAUUUCUUUCAUUAAUUUCUAAAUAUUAAAGAAUAAAUAAUCGUAAAGUCAAAAUGGCAGCAUUAGAUUUAGCAUCACUUGAUAAUGAAGUAUUCAAAACAUAUGUGUUCUGGUCGGCGGUUUUGGUGCUCAAACUCUUGUCUAUGUCAUUGCUGACAGCUAUGCAACGCUUCAAGACAAAGACCUUUGCCAAUCCCGAGGAUUUAUUGGACAAACGCCUGAAGGUGAAAUUCGAUAAUCCAGAUGUUGAACGUGUGCGCAGAGCUCAUCGCAAUGAUUUGGAAAACAUUAUACCUUUCUUCGUCAUUGGUUUCCUUUAUGUGCUAACUGACCCCAUACCUGGUUUGGCCAUCAAUCUCUUCCGUGCUGUGGGUAUUGCACGUAUUGUGCAUACAAUUGUUUAUGCUGUUUUUGUUGUGCCACAACCGAGUCGCGCCUUGGCAUUCUUUGUUGCUUUUGGUGCAACGGCUUACAUGGGUUUCCAGGUAGUUUUUGCCGUGUUGUAAGCAUGCGCAGUGCAGGGUGGUGUAAUAAAGUAUUGCGAAAUACUAAAGGCGUAAAUAUUUUGUACUAAAAAUUAUUGUAAAAAAAUAAUGUUGAAAUAAAAAUAUUAAGUUUUAAAGAAACGAA